CACCGGCAGUCAGGCGCUUGACGGCGGCUGGGCCAGGUGGGUGAUCGUCUGUUUCAGUGCGCUCUACGCGAGCAGCCUAUGUUUUGUUUCACGGCGCUUUGGACCACUGCUGACCACGAACCCCGGACUUGAAAAGUGUUUGCGCCGAAUGAGCGAUGAAAUGGUUUUUGAACCAUAGAGUGAGACACCGUUUCGCGAUUCUGCGCUUCGUGCCGAGGAUGACAGCAGUGAUCCGCCGCCACCUGACUCACCGGACUUCCAUGACGAUGUCAACGAUAACGGUGUUUCGUUUUGUCGUGUUGUUGACUACUAUUGGCGGCAUGCUUGAGGCCAUCCGAUACCGGGCAGGCAUGCUGGAGAUUCUCGACCAGCUGCGGCUGCCCCACGAGAGCCACUACCUGACUCUGCCCGAUGCGGCUGCAGCCUGGGAGGCUAUCCACUCCAUGAAGGUGCGAGGUGCUCCGGCAAUCGCCAUAGUGGCCGCACUCGGCUUGGCUUCUGAGAUGACCCUGCUCAAGUUGCCUGCAAGCUGCCCAGAGCUGGCUGCUUACAUACGCAGCCGGCUGGAGUACCUCAAGACGUCCCGCCCCACGGCAGUCAACCUGGCAAACAUGGCCACUCACUUUACGAAGAUGGCCGAUGCACUCGCCAAACAAGAAGGGCUGUCCGUAGAAGCCAUGCGGGAUGCGAUCUGUGCGGAGGCGGAAGGCAUGCUGGCUGCAGAUGUGGCUGCAAACCGUGCCAUCGGCCGACAUGGGGCCGAACACAUGGUGGUGAACUGCCGAACAGCAAGUGAUGGCAAGCUUGGCAUCCUCACUCACUGCAACACGGGCAGUCUGGCCACUGCUGGCUACGGAACUGCACUCGGCGUCGUGCGGCAGCUGUUCGAGAGUGGCCGGCUGGAGCGCGCGUAUUGCACUGAGACACGGCCGUACAACCAGGGAUCCCGGCUGACAGCCUUUGAGCUGCUGCACGACUGCAUUCCAGGCACGCUCAUUUGCGACAACAUGGCCGCUGCCCUGAUGGCCACGGGCAAGGUCCAUGCGGUGGUGGUGGGCGCAGACCGGGUCACUGCCAAUGGGGACACUGCCAACAAGAUCGGCACCUAUCAGCUGGCCAUCUGUGCCAAGCAUCACGGUGUGCCAUUCUACGUGGCCUCGCCCACCACCACCGUGGACCGCAGCCUCUCAACUGGCAGGGAGAUACCCAUUGAGGAGAGACCGGCGCACGAGAUGACUUGCAUACAAGGAGUUCAACUGACACCCUCAGGCAUCAAGUGCUGGAACCCAGCAUUUGACGUCACCCCGAACGAGCUCAUCACGGGAGGUAUCAUCACCGAAAAAGGCGUCUUUCCAGCGUCACGUGUGCUCGACAGUCUGCGCGCAUCCUGAACAUGUGUCGGGGAGAAUGACCCUGGCAGAGGCAUGUCUCACUCGCAUGCACAGAGAUGCACUCGCGCAUUUCUGCUUUUUUUACAUGUUUCCUGAAAAUAAACAAGAACCAAGAUGUGCUGCGUAAC